UGUAAAGGUGUGUUUAUAAAAAAUAACCUCAAAUCUUUGAAUGAAAUUUUUUCUGUGUUAUUCAUUAUCAUUUAUCAUCCUAUUAUCAUGUACUUGCUCUAUACUAUAUUCAAAUCAAAAAAUAUGCCCUUAUCAAGAAAGAUAUGAAGAAAUAAAAAAUGACACAGUUGUUAGAACUUAUCUAGAACCAUAUAAACCUGACUGUAAUUUUUGGAAUAAAGUUUCUAAUUGGUUACACAAAAAAUGCAAUUCUCGUUAUGAAAUGAAAACGAGAUUGGAAUACAUCAAUACUACCAUAUGGAAAUACCGAAAUCGAUAUCGGUGUUGCGAUGGAUGGACGGGUUUGGAGAAUUCGAACUGCACUAUUCCUGUUUGUAAUCCAGAAUGCUUAUUCGGGCAAUGUAUUAAACCUUACGAAUGCGAGUGCUUGGACGGAUGGAUGGGAAGCAUAUGCGGAGAUAAAUGUAAUGGCGGUAAAUACGGCAAAAAAUGUUCCGAAACCUGUAAUUGCGGAAAUGGUUCGGUUACUUGUCAUCACGUCACGGGAGAAUGUCAAUGCGCGCCUGGAUUUACGGGAGAAAGGUGUCAGUCCAUAUGCUCCCCCGGCAGAUACGGUUUUGGCUGCUCGGAAUCAUGUAACUGUUUAUCCCAUUCUCAAUGCAGAGCUUCUGAUGGCUUUUGUGAUUGCUCCCAAACUGUUCUUAAACCUCACGCCGAUAUUAGUACCACAUUUAAUGAUUCAAACAAUUUAAAUGAACAGUAUACCAAAAUUCCCGAGCCAUUUUAUUACGACGCUCUCGGAUUUUUUACAGGAGCUUACUGUAAAGAUCUCUGUGUACCGGAUUAUAACUGCACAAAACUUUGCGAUUGCGAAUUACGUAAUGGGGACUGCAACAUUUAUACCGGAAAAUGCAUUUGUAAACCAGGAUUUUUUGGCAAAAGAUGCCAAUCCAUGUGUGCCAAAGGCACUUUCGGUCCAGAUUGUAUAGGUAGGUGUUUGUGCCAAAACAAUUCCACCUGUGAUUCCAUUACAGGGAGCUGUAGAUGCUUGCCAGGAUGGAGUGGAGAACACUGCCAAAACGCUUGUCAGAAAGGACGAUUCGGUCCCGGAUGCAACUCGCAAUGCUCUUGCUCUCAUUUCACUUCCUGUGACACCAUAAAUGGCUCUUGCACUUGUUUAGAUGGUUGGACUGGUUUGCACUGUGAUAGACCCUGUCCCUUAGGCUGGUUUGGGGCGGGAUGCGGCAAAACUUGCGAUUGUGGAACUUCUUGGAUUAAUACAACAAUGAACUACCAUAGGCAUGGGCACCAUUAUACACUGGAAAGUAAACUUGUUGAUGAUAUAGACAAGGAAACGAAAAACGACGUAGAUAUGGAUAUAAACAGAGGGGAUUAUGAUAAUUAUUUGGAGGUUUUUAAUCGUACCUUGUUACUCGUUGCUGGGUCUUUAAAAAGUGAUGAUUCUAAUGCCGAAGAAAAGACGCAAAGCCAAACAAAUCUGUCCCGAAACUCCACCACAUCGUCAAUUAAUAACCUUAACCAUUUUCCUAAAGGCCUUUGCGAUCCGGUUGAUGGCCGAUGUAACUGUCCACCAGGCCGGACUGGCCCUAGAUGUGAACGAGGAUGCGGUCUGCUUAGGUUUGGUCCGGACUGCAGCUUAACCUGCGAUUGUGAGCAUGCCACUAAAUGCGAUCCCAUUACCGGGAAAUGCUCAGCUUGUCAAGAAGGCUGGCAUGGGGAACGUUGUCAAAUAGCGUGCAUCAAAGGUUACUACGGCCCUAAUUGCGAGACUAAAUGCGAUUGCGUUGGAGCCGAAACGUGUCAUCCCAUAACUGGAACUUGCAUAUGCCCAGCUGGCAAAACGGGGAACAAUUGUAGCGAAGAUUGUCCAACUGGAUGGUACGGCGUUUUUUGUCAACAUGGAUGCGCUUGCCCUUCAAACCCUAAUAACCGGUGCGAUCCAGUAACCGGGUUUUGUUCUUGCCCACCCGGUCUCAGUACUCGAUUUAGAUGUACGCGAUGCCAAACUGGUUUAUUCGGUCCAGACUGUAGCUUGACAUGCCCAUGUUCGGAUGAAACUGGGCGAAACGGUACCGCGCCUUGCAAAAGACUGAGUGGGGAAUGUUUAUGUCCUUCUCGAUUAGAUAGCUAUAACAAAGGAACGAAAAACAAUGAAAGCUCUAUCGAGAAUGUUACUUUUAAAAAGAUUAAUGAACAAGAGAAACGAUAUUUAAAGGAUUGUUUAAGGGAUCUUAUAUACACUUUUGACUCCCGAUUCGAUAUUUACGAUUUAGGAACUGAAAACAGAGUAUAUAGUUAUUCAGAUGAUGGGGAGAUUGGGGGGAGUAAUGAUCAUAAUGGGUAUUAUGGAUAUGCAAAUGGGGGACAACAAAGAUAUAAUUUAGCCAAAGAAAUACGCGAACACAAUGAAGCCAAGAACAAGACUGGUCCCGAGAUCAAUUUGAUGUCCAUAGUUUUUAUCAUUUUGACUAGCAUGCUAUUGAUAAUAUUCACUAUCUGCUUGGCCGUUUGCCUUGUGGUUAAACGGAGGAAAUCACUCAAAAAACAUUCCAUUAUGAAAAUAAUCGAAAUCAAAAGGGACACCUCACUACCCCAUAUUCCCACCACUAAUUCGGAUCAAAGUCUUCCUGUCCGUUUGCCCCCAAGCCAUAAUACUCCGGACGACAAUAUUUACUGUUUGGGAGACGAGGAUGAUUACGACAUAGAUUACGCAUAUCCUGCAUCAGUGUUUGGAACCAUAGAAAGGAAAGGAUUUAAUUCCUUAUCCAUCUUACCUUCGCCUCCUCACGAUCCAUCCAUGCUCCCAACUGUCACCUGUCCCCCAUCACAUGCCGAUGCCAAGAAUCCUGAAAAUUUUAUCACACCACCGUCCACUCUUUCCCGAUGUAAUAUGAGACACAGAACGUCUUCCAAAGGAAGUCCUACUCAAGAAUUUAUUCAACUCAAGCAAGCUUCUACUGUUUCUAAUAAAAAUAAUGGAUCAAAAAAGGUUCAUAAUCACGUUUAUCAAGAAUUAAGGAAUUCUUGCAAUUCCUCAGGUUCCACCAAUAACAUUGACUCGUCUUCCACGACUUAUUUGGUGCCCUUGCCCGUUCACGUAAAGGAUAAUGAUAUUAAAAAUGUGCGUACUCAUUUGAUCGAUACUUCAGACCACCACACUUUAGGUGACAAUUUCGAUGCUGGCAAAAAACAUGUGAUAGACGUGAAUAAACAAAUGAUAAACAAAAGGGACUAUCAUAAACUUGACCACUCAGGCGAAACCUUCAAAUUAGCCAAACCCGUCAACUCUCAAGUUAUGAAAAUGUACCACGACCACAAUCGUUUUGCUAUAGCCAGUGCUCCUUCCAAUCAAAAUGGAAGUUCUAAUAAUUGUGAACCACCGACUAGUCUCGAAAAUUCGGAAUUAAGCGAGAAACCACCUCCUGUUCCUUCCAGAAAUUUUUCGGCCGAUUCAUUUAGAACUUUAGAAAUGCGUGCUAGUGAUCGGCACCCUUAUCCCCCAAAAUUAAGGAAGAGCGAAGAGGUGAAAAGCACCGAAAACCUUUUGAUUUCUACGGACUCCUCUCCAGCUAUCGUGAAUUUACAAGAUGAAACAAAGCUUGUUACACAAUCUUAUCUUAAUCCUAAAACCAAAAAGCUUUUAAAUAUCGAUACGAUCGUUCCCAAUUCCAAUAUUCCGAAAAUUCCCGUUACUUUAAAUAAUUCAAAUUCGAACAAUCCUCAGCUACUCGAUUCACCGAGUCUUAGUUACGAUGAAGUAACCCCUUCUAAUUCUUUCCUUUCUCUCUCAUCUAGUCAUCAUAUAAAUAAUUCUUGGAACGGUGAAUAUAAUGUCCCCACGGGUUCUACGAAUAUUGAUUUGAUUUGUAAAAACAGCUGCGAGGAUGAAUACGAUUCACCCGAAAGCGGAAAAAGAGAUACGCUCAAAGCAUUUCACGAUAAUGCUCAAAUAUCAAGCCAUCUUCCCAUUCCCCGCCUUUCUCUCAAUAAACCCCUGCCGCCCGUAAAGCCGCGCAUUUUGCAAAAUCACGCAUUUCCAUAUUCCCAAACAAAUGGUAGGUUACCACUGGUACUUCCUAAAAGUCCAAGCUUCACCAAUUCUUCGCACGUCUCUAUGCAUGAUGCCAGUCAAGAUGAAUACGAUUCACCUAGAAAAAUAUAACGAUUUUUUUGUAAUGUGUCAAUUACUAGUGAAAUAAGUAUUAAAUUUGUUCGAAGUUGAAUUAUUCACGAAUUUAGAUUUUAAUUUAAAAAAUAAGCUUUUUUUAAAGAAAAAAUGUAAAUAACUUUGCUUCCCUGAUUAUUGAUAUAUAGAGUUCUAUAUUUUUUUUUCUAUAUACAUAUAAUUUGGGCUUUGGAUAUUUUUUUUAUUUAUAAAGAAAUUUUUAAAUAACUUAAAUAUGCAGAAAUCGAUGCAA